GAGUUCCAGUUUGCGCCGCUGCCCGCGAUCGAGACGAUGGCCGACGACUCGUACUGCGACGUGCUCGCGGUGGUGGCGCAGUGCGACGAGCCGCUCACGUACACAAACAAGGCGGGCAAGGAGGUGACCAAGCGCGUGAUGCACCUCGCCGACAAGAGCGGCAAGUCGAUCGAGGCCACCGUCUUUGGCUCGGGCGCCACCGACGACCGGCUGCAGGCGCACGCGGACGUGGUGCUCGCGAUCAAGGGCGCAAAGGUGGGCUCGUGGAACACAAAGUCGCUGACGCUGUGGGGCGACACGCACUUCGAGCCCAACCCGGACACGGCCGAGGCGCACGACUUGAUGGGCUGGUGGCGGCACACGGGCUGCUCGAUGCAGCGCGCGCACAUCUCCGUCUCGGGCGGCGGCGGCGGCGCCUCGCGCGACUCGCCGCGCAUCCUCUUCUCGGACAUCGAGGAGCGCGCGAUGGGGAUGAACGGGACGCCCGAGUACUUCAGCGUCAACUGCUUCAUCACGCACAUCCGCACCGACCAGCGCACGCUCUGGUACAUCGCGUGCCCAAACUGCAAGAAGAAGGUGCAGGGCGCGAGCGAGGACAUGCUCGACGGCCACUGCGAGAAGUGCAACGCGCCGACGACGGGCACGCGCCGCUGGAUCUUCACGGGGCAGUGCAACGACCCCUCGGGCUCGCGGUACGUCUCCUUCUUCGACGACACCGCCGUCCGGCUGCUCGGAGGCCGCACCGCCGACGAGAUGGCGCCGACGAAGGAGUCGGACAGCAGCCGGUUCGACGCGCACUUUCUGAAGCACUCCUUCCAGCGGGUGGUGAUGAAGUGCCAGGUCAAGUCCGACACGUACAACGACGAGCAGCGCAUCAAGGUGAGCUGCCAGAACUUCGAGCCGCUCAACCCAGUCGCCGAGGGGCGCCGCCUUCUCGCCGAGAUCGCGUCGAUGGGCGCCUGA